CUCCUCCUCCUCCUCCUCCUCCAUCUCCGGCCGGCUGCAGAGCGACUCGGGUUCCGGGCCGGCCAUGGGCAGGCGCCGCCGGGCACGGGACGCUCCCGGCCGGCUGGUGCUGUUGGCUCUGGCGCUGGCCUCCUUCUCCGCGCUCCUCCUCGCCUCGCUCAGCCUCUGGCUGGCCGCCUGGCCCCGCCACACCGCCCGCCCGGAGACCCCCGAGCACGCCGCCGGUGCCCGGCCGCAGCAAGCCACCGUAGGACGAGCUGGGAUGCAGGCAGAUGCCAACGGGACCAUCCGCGGAUGGGCAGAAGCGAAGCUCAACGCCACCAACCCCUUGCGCUACGACAACAGCCGCGGCGAGUUCACGGUGAUCAAAAGGGGCCUGUAUUACCUUUAUUGCCAGGUCCACUUCAACGAGGGUAAGACGGUCUACAUGAAGCUGGAUGUGAUGUUGAGCGGCCAGCUGGCCUUGCGCUGUUUGGAGCAGUUCCCGCCCACCAGCUCGGGACCCCGGGAACCGGAACUGCAUGUGUGUCAGGUGUCUGGACUUCUCCUCUUGCGUCCCGAAGCCUCUAUCCGUCUUCGCACCAUCCCGGACGUCCGUCUGAAAGCAGACCGCUACCUCACCUAUUUCGGCCUCUUCCAAGUCCACGGGGGGGAGGCCUCAGGGUGGGUGGGCCAGCGGCGGGCGAGGCCCCUCUUCCCCUUGCAAACAGCCGCCGUGGGCACACAGACCCAUGCGGUCUACACCCGGGGCACAACCAGACCUCUCCAGCCUGCAGCCAGGAGACGCCAAAGUCCAGAUGGUGCACGUUCCUUCUGCCAGGCGGUGACUUUGGGGUGUGUGGGGAGGGGGAUACCAGUCAUGUCUGGGGACCCUUGCCAUGCAAAUCCUUCCGGAACUGGGGCACAACCUCGCCCCAAACCGGGCAGACCCCUAGGCAAAGGUUGCGGUUGCAGGACCGGAAUGAUCUGGGAGACUAAAUCCAAGGGGGCGAUGAGGAGCCCUGGGCCAAUCCUCCCGCUUUGGGGGACGGCGGGGGUCUCCGAUGUAGGGUCCUCUGUGGGUUUGAGCUCUGCGAGGCAGGAUUUGGCCUCUGUGGGGCAGGAGAAACCUCGACCCGGGAAGAAACUGGAAAGAAUGAUACCUCUCAAGAUUUGGAGGGGUGGGUUAAGCCCCUUCUCGGGGCUGGAUUCCUGUGGGGUGAGGCAGCGCCCCCCAACUCCCUGGGCCGUCGUGGGGGCCCUGGCAGUGGGCCUGCUGGCUUGUCUUUUCAUGCUGUUCAGCAUCCAAGCCAGCCUCGAAAUCUUGAAAGAGGAGCUGGCCAUUCUACGGAGGGAAGGAGUGUGUCAAGCCCCCGGAACGGAUGGACAACGGGAUGCCUCCGACUUACGGCAGAGGGAUGUUGGCGGCCCGGUGGCCCACGUGCGAAGGACGAGAUGGACAAGGGAUGUGGCGAAAAACCUUCAACAAGAACCUCGUCCCCGCAAAAAACAUUCCGUCUUGCAUUUGGUACCUUCUCGUCACUCCAAUAAUGAGGAGGGCGAUGCCACAGAGAUCUGGUGGACGCCUUUCCUGCAACAGGGGCGAGCGCUGGAGCCCAGCGGGCAAGAGGUGGUGGUCAGGAAAACCGGCCUCUACUUUGUUUACAGCCAGCCGGACAAUUUCAGGAUCAUUCCUAUAUUUUCCCUGAGCAAUUAAUUCAACAAAGGAAAUUAAAUUACACCCAGAUUCUCACACCAGGUUGUGUGUGACAUUGUCACUCCUGCUCAAACCAGGCCAGAGAAAAGAAAUAAAAGUUUCCCCCCCCUUCUUUUUCCUGGGUUCAAAAGCAUCAGGAAGGGAAGGAGAUUCUCAGCCUCGUGGCUGGUUCUGGAUCGCAGGUCCCCAGAGAUGCGACGGACAUAAAACUGAACAGGGGAACGUCAGACUAUCCCAUGGGGGGGGAAGGGGCUCCACUGAGUAAGGAUCUUAAUUAGAGAUCAAUUAGCUUCCCCUGAUUGCAGGGAUUAAUUAUCCCCUGGGAAGCAUUUGUCAAAAAAAAGAAGAGGGAAAAGGUUCACCGGCUGCUGGGAAAAUAAAUCCUUGCCGAUAUUCCCCUAGUCCUCGACUUAUGAUGACAAUCGGGAGUAGAAUUUCCCACGGCUAAGCAGGGCGGCACUUCAGCGAGCUUCGCCUCGUUUUAUGAUCUUUCUCUUUUUUUUUUUUGCCACGGCCAUUAAGUGAACCGCUCCGGUCGUUAAGUGAAUCCAGCUCCCCUCCCGUUGACUUUGCUUGUGAGAAGCUGGCCGGGAAGGUCACAAAUGGUGAUCACGGGAUGGCCCCUCCCCCCCCGGGAGGCUACGACCGUCGGAAAAUACACGUCGGCUGUCAAGCAGCCCAACUGUCGUAACUGCGAGGACGCUUAUCUUUUUCAGUUUCACUUUGAAUGGUCGCUAAAAGAACAACGGUCGUGAGGCGGGGACCAACAUGUUUCUCAAUGGAGUCCU